ACAAAAAAUAUUGGUUAAAUGUUAUACAAAAGAUGUUUACAUGCAUCUGUUCUUAUAGAAAACAAACUAUAUAUAAUAGGUGGAAAAGGUUCCGGAAAUCAAAUAUUAUCUUCUUGUGAAAUUUAUGAUAUAGAAAGUGGUAAAAAAGAAGAAUUAAAUAGUUUAAAUGAAGCAAGAUGUAACUUUUAAGCAAUUGUUUUGUAGGAUUUUAUUUAUGUUUUUGGAGGAGUAAAUGAAAAAGGAGAAACUCUAGGAAAUGUUGAAAGAUACUGACUUAAAAAAAAAAAUAUGGGAAACUUUAAAAUGUAUUUUUUGGAAAGAUUUAAAAUAAUUUUAUAUACAUAAAUACUCUUUUUUUGAAGCAGUUUUAAUUUUUAACGAUUCAAAUAAUAAAUUUAAAUGCGCAUUUUUUAAUGCAUUAUUAAAUUGCUUUUAAGAAAUAAUAAUUGAAUUUUUCUCUUUUAAGGGAGGUAUAUAAAGUUUAGGGGUAUUUUAAGAUGAAUUAUGGAUUUUAGGAGAAGACUAAGGAAAUUUCUAUAUUUGUGCUUAUUCUUUAAAAAAUGGCAAAGAACUUAAAAGAUAUGUUAUUUUUCUUAGGCAUGGGAAAAUUGGAGAAUUUUAUUCAGCACAGUUUGAAU